CGGCCGCCAACAUGGCCGAGACGAACGAGGAGGUGGCGGUGCUGGUGCAGAGGGUGGUGAAGGACAUCACCAACGCCUUCCGAAGGAACCCGCACAUAGAUGAAAUUGGCCUGAUCCCAUGCCCUGAAGCAAGAUAUAACCGGAGUCCCAUUGUCCUGGUUGAGAACAAACUUGGUGUGGAGAGCUGGUGUGUCAAGUUCUUAUUACCGUAUGUCCACAACAAGCUCCUUUUGUACAGAACGAGAAAGCAAUGGCUGAACAAAGAUGAACUGAUAGAUGUCACUUGCACUCUGCUGCUUCUCAACCCAGACUUCACCACUGCAUGGAAUGUGAGGAAAGAGCUCAUCCUCUCUGGCACUUUAAGUCCAAUUAAGGAUCUACAUCUGGGAAAAUUGGCCUUAACUAAGUUUCCUAAGAGUCCAGAGACAUGGAUUCACAGGCGCUGGGUGCUGCAACAGCUAAGUCAGGAAACAUCCCUGCCUUCCUCUGUGGCCAAAGGAAGUUUAGGUGCAGUUCCUGAAGAGAGGACACAGCGGAUAAUACAGGAAGAGAUGGAAGUCUGCAGUGAAGCAGCAGGAAGAUACCCCAGCAACUAUAAUGCCUGGUCCCAUCGCAUCUGGGUUUUACAGAACGUGGCCAAGCUGGAUCUGAAGAUCCUUCUUGAUGAACUAUCUUCUACUAAACACUGGGCGUCCAUGCAUGUCUCAGACCACAGUGGAUUUCACUAUCGCCAGUUCUUGUUGAAGUCAUUGAUUAGCCAGACUACGAUAGACAGUGCUGUACCGCAGCACAACUCUUUGAAAAGUGAGCCAAAAGAUGAGGCGGCGGCUUCAACAGAGGAGCCAAGCGUGAAUCUUCCCCAGCUCCUAGAAGAAGAAGUGGAAUUCUGCACAGAUCUUAUUGAUUCCUACCCAGGCCAUGAAACCCUUUGGUGUCACAGGCGGCACAUCUUCUACCUUCAGCAUCACUUAAAUGGCAGGUCUCCUGUCAGCCUGACUCACCCGUCACCGCCUGCAGACUGCUCUGGGGGGGCUUUGAAUGACUUGCACCAGAUUCCAACAAGCCCUCAGCUAUCUCAGGCAAUGGACGUGGACGGACUGAGUGACUCUAGCAAGCAAGGCUAUUCCCAAGAAACCAAGCGCCUGAAGCGGACCCCAGCUCCAGACUCCCUAGGCCUAGAGAUGGAGCACAGGUUUAUUGAUCAAGUAUUGUCCACUUGCCGGAAUGUAGAGCAAGCCAGGUAUGCCAAUGCAUACAGGAAAUGGCUGGUGACUUUGAGUCAGUGAAAGGGGUGGAUUCAUCCUAAGAAAUUCCCUGUAGUGCAAUAUUGCUUUUCUUUCUCAACGCCAUAGUUGCAUGAACUGACUGGCUAACUAUAAACUGUAUUCUUCAUCGAUAGCUUAAAAGUCUAUAAGAACCUUUUGUUUUAUUUAUUUUGUUAAGAGCCGGCAUUCCUUUGGGCAUAAGAUAAUUGUAUAGUUCCUUCCUGCUAAACAGUGUCUUAAUUCUUUUUUUUCCUCUUUGAUCCAUGGCUCUCGACAUCCAUCCUUGGGCUUCUCGUUUGUCUCUUGAGAUUGGCUCACAUGUUUUACUCAGCUCAGUUCAGUUGCUACAUAGACAGUUUCUUUAAAAAUUGAAAAUUUAUGUUGCAGUUCAGCUUAAGAAUAUUAAUACAUAUGCAGAAGAACUUGCUCUAAUUGCAAUUUUGAGAAUAAAAUGGCUAGAUGGGUGGAUGUGAGAAUGUCAGCCACUUCUUUCUCAAGCAUGCUCUCCAGUUAUCCACUCAGAACCAAAGCCAGGAGUGUUGGAAUUUAUAUAGAAAAAAAAAAUGCUUCCAAUGUAAUCUAUUUUUUAAAUGAUUAUUUAAAAGAAACUAAACUAAUUUAAGAGUUUAUGUAAUUGUAGUACUGAAAAAUUAUUUUUAUUACUAGUUUUGAUAGAUUGUUUUUACCUCAUAUUUGGUAUAUGCCAAAACAGCAAGUCAGCCCUUAUAAAAUAAAUUCUUUUUUAAAAAUUCCACAAAUGCCAUUUUUAGUUAUUACUAUUUUGUCCUUCUAAAGUCACUCAUGUAAGUGGGACAUAGAAAUGUAGUCCUGUAAAGCUUUUUUUUAAAAAAAUAAAUAAAUAAGUAAGUUACUGAGGUUAUACUGGAUAAACUGCAAAGUUUUUUGUCAAGUGGCUAGUCAGAGUUUACUGGCAAAACCUAGGGAGGAAGACUAGUUUUGAGCAUUUAGUUCAAUUUUUACUUUUAAAAUGAAACAACGCUCUUUGAUACAAAAUUCAUCAGGGAUAAGUACCAAAGUCCACACUUAGCUAUAUCUCAAUAACAAGGGCUGUGUUGUUCAGGUUGGAGAAGAAGGGUGGGAAUAGAUCCAGUCCCCUUUCUUACCACAUCCACCCCUUCGGGUGAGCUGUGAUUCCUCUGUGUGUACACCUUCUCUUUAUCUUGCCAGUCCAUUCCGUACUUUACAUCACUCACUGGGCUGUAGUUUUUUCUCAUGUUCUUUUUUCAGGGAUGCCCACAGAAGCUAUUAUCACUGUUACAAUAGCUUAAUGCCUAUCUAUAAACACAGAAAGUAUGAAUAAGAGGUGCCCCUCUCAAAUUCCCUUUUAAUGGUUGUCUUGGUUAGAGUUUCUAUUGCUGUAGUGAAAUGCCAUGAUCAAAAGCAACUUGAAAAGAGUUGAUUUUGCUUACACUUGCAGGUAACAAAUAGUCCAUCACUGAGGGAAUUCAGGGCAAUAACUCAAGCAGGGCUGGAACCUAUAGGCAGGAGCUGAUACAGUGGCCAUGGAGGAGUGCUGCUUACUGACUUGCUCUAUGGCUUGCUCAUUCAGCUUUCUUGCUUACCCAGAACCACCAGCCCAAGGAGUAGCACCACUCACAGUGAUCUGGGCCCUCUCCCAUCAAUCACUAAUUAAUCCGCUGUAGGCUUGUUUACAGCAGGAUCUGAUGGAGCAUCUUCUCAAUUGAGGUUCUCUCAUCUCAGAUAACUCUAGCUAGGGUCAGAUUGACAUAACAUAACACUAGCUGUCUCUUGUCCUGUAUAUAUGAAAAAUGCAAGGAUGAUUGCAGAAAUCAGCCCAGACAUCAUGUUUGGCAUGUUCUCCUUUCUCAUGCUUGGUUAUGUGCAUUGCAGGCACAGGGACAGAAGGAAAGACAACCCUCCUGCCUUGCUCUGGUGGACACUUGUACUUGAGUUAGGCAUACUGCAUUAAGAGAAAAAUAAACUUUUACUUGGGCAUCAUGCUGUUAUUGGGUGGCAGACUGCUGAGCUGGGUGACACUUAGGAAACCAGAAAGAAAAUUUCUACUGGCCCCAGUAGAUAGAUCUUGCUUUCUUGGGGCAAAGUUGUUUUUACUAUCUUGUAAUAUUUAGAUGAUAAUAUACUUGCCAUUGUGAACAUAAUUCCACAGCCUUCUAUAUACAAAGCAUAUUUUGAAUUAUUAAAUACCUCAGGUUCUACAUGGACCUCUAUAGGGAAAACCAUUACGUGAUGUGUAGGUCCUUUGAGAUUGAGAAUUGACACAAAUGACAUGCAGCUCUUGUGGCCAGACCCUGUCUUGACUCAGUCUUACCUUUUCUUCUCAGCAUCCUCUUUAGUGUCCCAAAUAAUAGGGCUUAUCUCUGAUAUAGUAUAUGUCAGGACAUGAGCAUAGGCUAUGCCUUAUGGACAUCAGAUACAUGUUUAUAG